AUGUACCUGCGCAUAAUCCUGCCCAUUCACGACCUCGAAGAAGCUCUCUUUGCGGACAUCUUGGCUGGGACGUUGGGUCGGUGGCAACGCCCCGCGUUCGGCAACAGCGCCGAAAAGACAGUAUCCAUCUCCAUUGGUUGGAGUGAGCCCCACUACGCGUUUGAACCUAUCAGCGACCAGUACUGCCCCGGAUCUCGUGCCUUUGUUUGUGGGGACGAUUCCUUCGGGCCCAGCGUCCAGUCACCGGACUGCCGUGGCGGAUUCGACUUCACAAUACUCUUUGAGGAGAGUAUCUUGGCAAUCCUCCCAGCAGCCUGUUUCCUCCUCCUCACGCCGUUCCGAGCUCUGCGGCUGCUCCGACGUCGCAUCAGGGUCAGACGCAAUGCACUUUAUGUUUGUAAACUGGCCGCCAUUGGCGCAUAUAUAGGCCUUCAACUGGCUCUGCUCGUGUUGUCGACUAACCCACGAGUCCGGACCCAUAUAUCAAUAGCCUCCGCCGCACUGACUUUCCUUUCAGGACUGAGCCUUGCCUUGUUAUCUCAUUUGGAACACUCAAAGUCCAUACGGCCCUCAUUCCUCAUCAACUUUUACCUUCUAUUGACGGUUAUAUUUGAUGCCACGCGGGUUCGGACGCAAUGGCUUGCAGGCGUGAACGAUGGAGUUGCGGGUGCACUCACAGCCUCACUCUUUGUCAAGGGCAUUGUGCUGGUCCUAGAGGCUGGUGAGAAGAGGUCGCUGCUCCUGGGUCUUGAUCGACACUUGUCGCGUGAAAGCACAAGCGGCAUGAUCAGUCGUAGUUCAUUCUGGUGGCUAAACUCUCUCCUCCUGUCUGGCUUCAAGAACGUGUUGACGAUGGACAACCUGCCGGAAAUCCACGAGAAACUCAGCUCAGAACAUCUUGCACAGCAGCUGCAGAAAUCGUGGGACAAAUGCAACCAGAAGCGCAAGCAUGCCCUUGCUAAUGCGUGCACCUCGAGCCUCCGAUGGGAGGUGUUGGCGAUCUUUGUGCCAAAAUUCUGCUUCAUCGCGUUGACUCUCUCACAAAAUUACCUUAUCCAGGCCGCCAUCAGAUACGUACAAGAGGCUGCUGCAGACGACUGGAACGAUGGCUAUGGCUUAGUUGCUGCGUUCGGUCUUGUCUACAUUUCUUCUGCCGUGACGAUGGGCUGGUCGUCGCAUCUCACCUACCGGCUGAUGUCAAUGAUGCGGGGGCAGUUGGUCUCGAUCAUCUAUACGAAGGCAUUGACUUUGCCGAUCACAGGCGCGAACGAAUCAGCCGCUAUGACAUUGAUGGGUACUGAUGUUCAGAGCAUAGCUGCCUCUUUUCAUCUCCUCCUGGUUGACCUGAUUCCGAGUAUCGUACAAUUGGGAGUAGCAAUAUAUCUACUAUACCUGCAGUUAGGGGCUGUCUGCAUAGCCCCGGUGAUAGUGAGCAUCAGUGGGUUAUUCCCCCCCUCUCCCCGUUAUGGCUUCAGCGCCCUGCUGACUACAGCACAAGUUUCCACCAUGCUCUCAAGCCGUCUCGCUGGUCAUGUCACAUCGAGGCAGAAGCGUUGGUAUGAAGCCAUACAGCGAAGAGUCAACUAUACAUCAGAAAUUCUGGGGUCGAUGAGAAAUGUCAAGAUGCUUGGUUUAUCGGAGCAGAUGGGCAAGAACAUCCAGUCAAUGCGGGAAGGUGAAAUGAAGAUAUCGUCUCACUUCCGGAAAGUCCAAAGCAUGAACGUAUCACUUGUGAAUAUCCCGUCGAUCUUCAAUGAGUUCAUCAUCUUCGCCGCAUACGCAAUUGCAGCGAAGGUCAAUGGAACGGGCGCUUUCUCAGUUUCGCAGGCCAUCACUGGUCUCACUGCGCUCCAGCUUCUUAGCAUGCCUCUUGCGAACCUACUUCUAGCAAUCCCUACAGGCUGGGCGUCCUUGGGGUGCUUCGCUAGAAUUCAAGAUUUUCUCCUCCAGGACUCGCACAUAGACCAACGGUCUGUCAACGGCUCUAUGGAUUCCUCUACUAGUGAGUUCCCCGAUGGCAGUGAAGCGCUUGAGCUGGGAGCGGUAAGAGGUAUGGGCCACGACGAUUCGGUUCGCAUUGAAGGAUCAAGUUUUGGUUGGUCUGAGUCGUCGCCAAGCAUCGUUAAGGAGGUGACAGCAACCAUACAACCCAAAACAGACCUCACCAUCGUAGUCGGGCCGGUUGGCUGCGGCAAGUCCACUCUGCUCAAAGGCCUUCUUGGAGAAACACCGGAAUCGCGUGGCAGCCUGUAUGUGUCGUCGGCACAUAUUGCGUACUGUGAUCAAACCCCCUGGGUGAUAAACGGCACCAUUCGUCACAAUAUCGUCGGCGAAUCAGAGUUUGAGAGUACCUGGUAUCAAUCGGUACUCAAGGCAUGUGCCUUGGACAUUGACUUGUGCAGAAUGCCCAAUGGCGAUCAGACCAUUGUCGGCAGUCAGGGCGUCAAGCUCAGCGGCGGCCAAAAGCAACGCCUCUCCAUCGCGCGCGCUGUUUAUUCACGAAAACCCUUAGCUAUACUAGACGAUGUACUUAGCGGGUUGGACUCGGUCACAGAGGAUAUCGUUUUCCAACGAGUAUUUGGUAGCACAGGCCUUUUCCGCAAAACAAAUACGACCGUCAUCCUUGCUACACAUUCUGUAAAACGACUGCCGCAUGCCGAUCUGAUUCUUGCACUUGACCAUGAAGGUAGAGUCGUUGAGCAAGGAACUUUCCAGAAGCUCAGUAUAGCGGGCAAUUACAUACAGAGCCUUCAGGUCAAACUCGAGGAGCAAUGUCACACCGAGGAACAAGGAGCUAAGAUCGAAGAGCUCGAGAAGGCUUCAAAGAGCGGCCCAUCCGCUACAGUGACUGAUGACAUGGCUCGUAAAACAGGGGACUGGUCAACAUGGAAGUAUUACACUCGUGCUCUGGGUCGUUGGCCCCUCGCACUCUUCGUAGGAUUCAUCACCGUGAAUGAGGUAUUUAUUGCUGUGAACAAUACUUGGAUUAAAUGGUGGGCAUCGAGCAACGAGACCAAUAGCAACCAUGGCCUGGGAUAUUGGCUUGGCCUUUAUGCGCUGUUUUGCUUUCUUAAAGGGGGAGGUAUGGUCUCUGCGAUAGCGUGGCUUUGGGUAUAUAUUUGUCCAAGGUCGGGGAACAAUCUGCACAAGUCUAUGCUUGACGCUGCAAUGAGAGCUCCAAUGUCAUUCUUUGCAAAUACCGAGACUGGCAUUCUAGUGAAUAGAUUCAGUCAAGAUAUUCGGCUUGCAGAUAUUGCCCUCCCAGGUUCUCUCAUAAAUGUGUCAUUCCAAAUCGGAAGUUGUUUGGUGAUUGUUACCAUGAACAUUAUCGCCGUCAGUUACUUUGCAGUGGUCCUCCCUUUCGUCUGCGGAGUACUUUACUGUAUCCAGAGCUUCUAUCUCAGAACAUCUCGUCAGCUUAGACUCUUGGAGAUCGAGGCGAACGCACCCCUAUUCUCUCAUUUGAUUGAGACGUCAUCUGGUCUGGCGACGAUUCGGGCUUUUGGGUGGGCCCAAGAAUAUACAUCAAGGAACAGACGCCUUCUCGAUGAGUCACAGAAACCCUUCUACCUCUUGUUCUGUGUCCAGAGAUGGCUGGUGCUCGUUUUAGAUCUCGUCGUUGCUGGCCUCGCGAUAAUCCUCGUAGGUAUGGCCGUCGCAUUACGUUCCAAGCUUGAUGCUGGUUUCCUCGGACUGGCUCUCCUUGGUAUGAUGAGCCUCUCCCAUGCCUUGACGCAACUAGUACAGCACUAUACGAUGCUCGAAACGACCCUUGGUGCAAUUGCCCGUAUCAAAGAUUUUUCAGAGAACACCCCUGUCGAGAAGAGCCCCGAGGAGAGCGACAGCCCCGGCUCGAGUUGGCCAAGUCGGGGAGUCCUCAGAUUUGAAGGGGUUUCAGCCAGCUACGGGAAGAACGCCGCACCUGUCUUGAAGGACUUGACAUUCUCAGUUGAGGGAGGCCAGAAAGUAGGCAUUGUUGGAAGGACAGGAAGUGGUAAAAGCUCUUGCACUCUUGCUAUCAUGAGGAUGAUCGAUAUCGUCUCCGGGAGCAUUGUGCUCGACGGUGAAGACCUAUCCACACUCACAGGCUCAGUUAUCCGCGAGAGGCUGAACUGCCUGACGCAAGACCCGUUCCUGUACCCAGCAUCCAUCCGAUCAAACGCGGAUCCCCUCGGAAAAUCAACAGACGAGGCCAUCGUCGAAGCGCUACAAAAGGUGAGACUCUGGAGCAUCCUCCAGGAUAAGGUAUCGGACAAGAAUAGAGAUAUUGGCGGUGUUCUCGACACGCUCAUGGACUCGGAAUUCCUGUCUCACGGGCAGCGCCAGCUCUUUUGCCUGUCGAGAGCCAUGCUCAAGCCCGGCAAAGUCUUGAUCCUCGACGAGCCAACUAGCAGUGUUGAUACCCAGACGGAUGAGCAGAUGCAAGGAAUAAUACGGUCCGAGUUCAAGGACUACACCAUACUCAUGAUCGCCCACAGGCUUUCCAGCCUGAUGGACUUUGACAAGGUCAUGGUGCUCGAUGGCGGUCGGCUAGUAGAACUCGGACGGCCGACCGACUUACUCAAAGAAAGCAACAGUGCGUUCGCAAAAAUGUACUACGGCUCAUCCUUGAAGUCGUGA